AUGUUCAUGUGUGGGGCAGCAACUCUGGAAUGCAGGUCAGCUUUGGGCACUGUGGCAGCAGCUCUAGGGGGUGGAGAUAGGCAUCUGUGGGAGCAUAACAACUGGUCCAUCUGGGCAGGAUUCUCCUACAUAAAAAUCAGCCAUGAAAACAACACUUUGGUGACUGAAUUCAUUCUGGGGAGCUUAAUAGAUCAGCCUGAACUCCAAAUACCCCUGUUCUUCCUAUUUUUAGUAUUGUAUCUGGUCACUGCUUUGGGGAAUUUUGGUUUGAGAAUUUUAAUUGUGCUGAAUUCACAUUUUCACACCCCCAUGUACUUUUUCCUCUUUAAUUUGUCAUUAAUAGACCUCUGUCAUUCUUCUGUAAUAACACACAAAAUGCUGAUGAAAUUUAUAUUAGGUAAGAAUGUUAUCUCUUACAUGGGAUGUAUGACCCAGUUAUACUUUUUUUGUUUUUUUGUCAUUUCUGAAUGCUGUGUGCUGACAUCAAUGGCCUAUGAUCGCUAUGUGGCUACUGCAAUCCUCUUUUUGUAUAAUGUCAUCAUGUCCCCAAAAGUGUGUUCCUACCUCAUAGUUGGUUCCUACUUGAUGGCAUUUUCUGAUGCCAUGGUCCACACAGGAUUCAUUCUGAGACUGAUCUUCUGUGAUGGAAAUGCCAUCAACCACUACUUCUGUGAUUUCCUCCCUUUGUUCCAGCUUUCCUGCACCAGCACCUAUAUCAAUGAACUUAGUAUUCUCAUUGGGGAUAAAAACAUCAUUGUGCCCAGUUUUAUCAUCUUUACCUCUUAUGGUUUUAUCCUUUCUAGCAUCUUCCAAAUGAAGUCCACUGAAGGCAGGUUCAAAGCGUUCAGCAUCUGCAGUUCCCACAUAAUUGCUGUAUCUCUAUUUUUUGGGUCAGAUGCCUUUAUGUAUCUCAAACCCUACUCCUCCUCCUCUGAUAAAGGAAAAAUAUCUUCUGUCUUUUAUACUACUGUAGUUCCCAUGAUGAAUCCUUUAAUCUACAGCUUGAGGAACAAAGAUGUUAAAGUUGCCCUGAGAAAAACCUUAAGCAGGAGAACAUUUUGA